AGAUCUUAUUUCGGUAUUUGCUUGAUUUGUGAUUUUGGGUUAUUUUGCUGCUAUAAACACUUUGGAUUAGCGUUUCGGUUAGUUUUCUUUGUCUCGACAAAUGGCAGACAAUAAGAAUAUUAUUUAUUAUAUAAUUCCGGUGAUGACUAAGAUCACGGAACACAAACUUAAUGGUUCGGGUUCGAAUUAUCUGGAGUGGAGUAAGACUGUUAGGGUUUAUUUGCGUAGCAUUGAUAAGAAUGAUCACCUUACUAAAGAUCCACCUACUGAUGAUACACGACAAACUUGGCUAAGAGAUGAUUCUCGGUUGUUUUUGCAGUUUCGGAACUCGAUUCACAGUGAGGUAAUUAGUUUAAUUAAUCACAAUGAAUUUGUUAAGGAAUUGAUGGAUUACUUAGAUUUUUUGUAUUCUGGUAAAGGGAAUAUCUCACGUAUUCAUGAUGUUUGUAAGGCAUUCUACCGUGCUGUGAAAGAGGAUAAGUCUCUAACGGUUUAUUUUAUGGAUUUUAAACGGGUAUAUGAGAAACUUAAUAUAUUGUUGCCUUUUAGUCCUGAUUUUAAACGGGAGCAACUGGCUGUUAUGAGUUUUCUUGCCGGCCUUCCUUCACAGUAUGAGAUUGCUAAAUCUCAGAUUCUCUCAAGUUCUGAGAUUUUCUCUUUGCAUGAAACGUUCACACGGGUCCUUCGUACAGAAAGUACCCAAUCUUCACAACCUGCCAGUAGUGCUCUUAUUAGCCGUAAUCCAAAUGGACAACAAGGUAAUAGAAGAGCAAGUAGAGGAGGAAUUACAGGCAACAAAAGUAAUCAGCGUAAUGGAGAGGCUUGUUCUAAUCAGGACUAAAGAGGAGUCAUUUGUUAUUAUUGCCAUGAGCCUGGCCAUACAAAAUAUAAUUGUCCGCAACUUCAGAGGAAAAAUCAGCGAUCACAGAUGGCAAAUAUGGCAGCAGAGGAUUCUACAGUAUCUUCCUCUGAGAAAACUAUUUUAGUAUCUGCAGAGGAUUUUGCACAGUUUUCCCAGUAUCAGGCAUCUCUAAAGCCUACCAGUUCCCCUGUCAUUGCGAUCGCUGAGUCAGGAUCUUACGACGAAGCAGAUUAUUGGUAGAGGACGUGAGUCAAGUGGUCUCUACAUUCUGGAAAAUCAUGUACCGCGGUCACUUGUUUGCUCCAGUACCUUAACACCUCUUGAAGCUCAUUGUUGAUUGGGCCAUCCUUCUUUGUCUACCAUGAAGAAACUGU